UGAGAGGCCGAUUGGGUCCAGAUUCACUUCGCAAAGAUCACCCUUGAUAGUACAGAGUAAUUCUGUGCAGAUAACUCCAAAUACUAAGGAAAUCAUACCUAUACACUAUAGAUAUGCUGCUUCAGACCUGGGGACGGAUGCUAUCAGGUGACCUCCGGAGAGAUAAGCGCACUAACCCGCCCAACAUCCACUCCCGGCUCCUGCGACGUCACUCACCUCAACUCCUACCACAAGUUGACACAAACCCAUCAUCGACAGCUUCAAUUACACCAGUCACAAAAUCCCUUUUUCGAUGGAUGCAGUCAGACGUUUAUAGCAGGAUAGAGCUCCGAUUUUCUCAUGACAUCUGGUCAUAUGGCUCAACCAAGGGUCACUCCAUAUCUCAUCUACCUGGUGUUUAUCACCACCUUGGGUCCACUUCAGUUCGGUUAUCACCUGGCUGAGCUCAAUGCGCCCCAAGCUGUUAUCACCUGCGAAAGGAAAAACAUCCAUUCCUCAUCCAUCAUAUCCGAAGGGCUACCGCAAUGUAUCCCCAUGAGCCCAUCACAGUUCGGCCUGGUUUCGUCGAUUUACACCCUUGGGGGUCUUAUGGGAGCUCUGCUGGCAGGGCCGGUGUCAACAAAACAUGGACGUCUAUUAGCACUACGAGCUACAACCUUUUUCUUCAUCGCCGGUCCAGUGGCCGAAACACUUGCAUUCAAUAUUCCAAUACUGAGCCUUGGUAGACUUUUGUCCGGCGUUGGCUCCGGGGCAGCUAUCGUUGUUGGUCCUAUCUACAUCUCCGAGAUUGCACCACCUAGUGCCAAGGGAUUUUUUGGUGCGUUCACGCAGGUCAUGACCAAUGUUGGUAUCCUCUUCACACAAACACUUGGUUAUUUCCUGAGCGAGGGGACUAUGUGGAGGACCAUCCUCGCUGUUGCGGGGGUUAUCGGAGCUCUGGAGCUUCUUGGCCUCGCGUUGGUCCCGGAGAGCCCAGCCUGGCUCGUUGACCAUCAGAAGCAUGAUCUAGCCAGGCGGGUCCUACAGCGGAUACGCGGCAGGGACGCAGAUAUCCGUGGCGAAAUAGACGGCUCCACAAGGUCCGAGGAGGACGCCGGAGAAGAGCAGUCGCUUCUCACUCCUCCCUCGAGCAACCUAACCCCCAAACAACCUCCAGUGACGAUGGCACGGGUAUUCAUGGACCCUGACUACCGCCCCGCCAUUAUCGCUGUUGUUGGGAUCAUGGUAGCACAACAGUUCACGGGAAUCAACAGUAUUAUCAUGUACAGUGUCUCGCUAUUGCAGAGCAUUCUGCCAACAACUGCAGCCCUGCUUUCUGUCUUGAUAUCCGCUAUAAAUCUCGUCAUGACCCUCGCUUGUUCACCACUACCCGACAAGAUUGGUCGGAAGUCUUGCCUUUUGUACAGUAUUAGCGGCAUGGGUUGUAAUUCUAUCCUACUAGCUAUGGGGAUAUAUUUCAACGUGAAAGCCCUGUCUGCAAUCGCCGUCUUACUUUUUGUCGCUUCGUUUGCGGUUGGUUUGGGGCCUGUGCCAUUUAUUAUGGCCUCCGAGUUGGUCGGCCCAGAGGCUGUUGGGGCUACCCAGAGUUGGGCAUUGGCCGCUAACUGGAUCUCAACGUUUGUUGUGGCCCAGUUUUUCCCAAUGUUAAAUGACGCAUUAGGUGGUCGGGGUAAAAUAUACUGGCUAUUCGCUGCAAUGGCCGGUGUUUUCGCGGGGUUUAUCUACUGGAGAGUCCCUGAAACCAAGGGCAAGAGAAGCGUGGAUGAGGUCUGGGGCAGGGAAGAUCAGCGAAGGAGAGAUUAACUGGUAUUCCACUCGUAAGCGCCAUCAAGCCUCAAGUGUCAGGCGACCGGCAGUUUUUUGUUUCCUAUUCUCCAUGAAUUCCUCGUAAGGUAUGACAAUUCAGCAAGUUCGAUCUACAUCAAACCGGUCGGACCGAGGAACAGAUACGCUGAAGGCGGUGCCGACGUCGACGACGGUCCUCCCACCCCAAGCCUAGCCUUAACCAAACGAACAAGUGGGAUGUGCUUAGCAUGACUGGGCGACGUAGAUAUCCUUGUCGGCCACCAACCCUGCUUGCGGC